AUUGAAUAUUGCGCCACUUUCAAGUGCUGCGUAACUUAGCGAGAAACUUAUUGUUUGGGCAUAUAUGAAUUGUCCUGUCAUGUUGGUGUAUUACCUGCAGUGAUAACUUUAUAUUGUAUUACUUAUGGAUGAAGAAGGUAAUACAAACAAAGUUGAAGAGAACGUGGGUCACAAUACUGAAUCUGAUGCCAAACCAUUUGUCGAUAAAAAUACACCAGAGCACCCUAAUACAGGAGCCGUUGCACGUAUACUGGAAGAAUCUGAAGUGCUAAAGACCAAUCAAUUUAAAGAUGUUGAUGAGGUUGUUGGUUCAUCAAGUAAUUUAAUUAGUGAUGAGAACUCUGAGGGUAGAAGUCGUAAACCAUCUUCUACAGAAAUAACUAUUCCCUCAAGCUCAGAAGAACCUUGUUGGACAGAUGACAUGCUUCAUAUCUUUGUUCUUAGUGAGGCUGGUAAACCAAUUUAUUGGAGGUAUGGAAACGAAAGUAAUGUAUCUUCUGUGAUGAGUGUUAUGCAAGCGCUUGUUUCUUUUGUUGAUAACUCUGGUGAUGAACUGCAAGUGAUAAAUACAUCUGAUAAAAAGUUCCUGUUCAUUUCCCGUUCACAUCUAAUUCUGGUAGCAUUCAGUCCGAUUUCUGAGCCUACUCUGCAUUUGUUGAAUUGUCUUAACUAUGUUUACGAUCAGAUAAUAAGUUCACUAACUGUACAGAGGGUGGAAAAACAGUUUACAAGGCAUGCAAACUUAGAUCUGCGCAGACUUCUUGUUGGAGACAGUCGGCUUUUAUCUUCUAUGAUCAAUCGUGUAGAAGAAUCUUUUGGUGUUUUAUUGAAUGCUAUCAGUUGUACACCUUUAUCAGAAAAUAUUCGGUCUGCAAUAUCACAGAUUAUUUAUCAUAGUGCUAAAUUACGUGGUUUAGUUUUUGCCAUUUUAUUUCACAAAGACGAUAUUAUCAGUAUUGUACGUAUGAAAAAUUAUCAUCUUUGCCCAUCAGAUAUUCACCUACUUCUUAAUCUUAUUGGUAGUUCACAAUCUUUCAAGUCAGUACAAUCACAUUGGCUGCCGAUUUGUUUGCCUAAAUUUGAUCCAAACGGAUUUUUGUAUGCCAAUGUUACCUAUCUAAAUGAUACCACAUUUUUGGUUUUACUUACUGUUGAUAGUGGUCAGUUUUAUCCACUCAAGGCAAUCACUGAAAAAAUAUUUAGAUCAUUGAGCACUACAAAUAAUGGUGAUUAUUUAUCUGCAAUAUCAUCAUCGAAACUUCCACAAAUAGCUGACACUGGUAUUAAGAAUUUACGACAUUUUGUAUACAAGUCUAUUCCUAUCGCUCAAUACAUUACCAGUCAAUGGAGUGUACCAUAUACGGCUAUGAGUAAGUCUGACCCAACCAAUACUUCCCUAUCUAGUUUAAAUCCUGAAAGAGAAUCUGCAUCAAUCAAUAGUGAUACUAUUCAGAAAUUACGUCGAAAUGUUUUAUUAUCCUAUAAACGCUUACAUAUGAGACUGCAUUCACCUACAAUGUCAACAAAAUUUAUCUAUAAAGUGACAACUACUGAAUUACAUUUCGGUUGGAAAACUGAUACUUUCGAGUUGUAUGCAACACUGGAACCAAUAAUUACAAAAGAAGAGUUAGGCGAAAUUCGUAAACAAUUAGUUAAAUGGAUUGAAUCAAAGAAAACGCAAUUCUUUAUUCUCUCGUCACCUACUUUUUAAACGUCACUUUUGUACAUUUUACUUAUUUUUGUAUAUUUCACCUUUUUUUUAACAUUUCCAUCAUGUGUAAUAAUCAUAAUAAUAUUCCUUGUGUGUGUGUGUGGGUGUGUGCGUGAGUGCACGUGUGUAUGCAUGUGUGUUUAUUGUGUAUAACUAUGUGAUUAUCCUCUUUCUCCGAUCAUUUUACUUCUUUAUAUGAUUGUAAAGUACCUUUUGUUUUUACUGAAUAAGUGUAAAUAUUUUGAAUUGUAUAAUAUCUUAGCUACAAAUAUGCAUAAUAACUAUAAUGGCGUUAUUCUGCACAGUA